UCAGGGUGGGAGGGUAACUACAGUAGAGAUAGACCAAACUGUGGAAGCUGCUUCUCACAAGGCAACCAUGGCCCCUGCUCUUGGGUGGCUGCUGCAGCUGCUCUUCUGUUCCUGUGCCCAGAGUUUUCCUACUGAUGGCUGGUUCCAGCAAAAGCUAGACCAUUUUAGUGAAAAUGGCUCACCAUUCUGGGAACAGAGAUAUUUCAUUAACAAUACCUUCUACAAACCUGGAGGGCCAGUAUUCCUCAUGAUUGGAGGGUGGAUGACUAUCGGUACAAACUGGGUAUCAACGGAUUAUACGUGGAUUACAUACGCUGAGAGACUGGGUGCCUUCUGUUUAGCCCUGGAACACAGAUUCUAUGGACAAAGCCAGCCGACAGGGGAUCUGAGUACUGCCAGCCUUCGCUACCUCAGAAGCAAGCAAGUCUUGGCUGACAUUGCCUACUUCCGAACUGAAAUAGCAAAGAAAAUGGGGCUCAUCAAAAAUAAGUGGGUUGUAUUUGGUGGCUCUUAUGGCGGUUCCCUUGCAGUGUGGUCAAGAAUAAAAUACCCCAACCUGUUUGCUGCAGCAGUGAGCAGCAGUGCACCAGUAAAAGUAAAAGUUAAUUUUUAUGAGUACUUUGAAGGAGUUCACAGCGCUCUGGCCACUCAUAACAGCGAAUGUUCAAAAGCAGUGAAAGAUGCUUUAGGUCAAGUCAUCAAGUUACUGAAAUUUCCAAAAUACUACAGAAGGCUUAAAAAUGAUUUCAUGUUAUGUGAGCAUCUUAAAGUUAACUCAGUAAUGGACUCAACCUAUUUCGUAGAGAAUUUGUUGAUAUUUUUGGCUUCAAUUAUUCAGCGUAAUAAGGAUAAUGAAACAAUUAAGAGUACUCCCAACAUUGAUGACUUUUGUGACAAGAUGACUAACACCUCACUGGGCUCACCAUAUUAUAGAUAUGCAAGAAUUAUGACUAUUAGGUUCAAGAAUGGAAAUCCCUCUUGCCUUGAUGCAAAUUACCAAAAUUUCCUGAAAAGCAUGUCUGAUUCUGACUUGGACAAGGAAAAUAUUGAGGAAGACAGGCAAUGGUUCUAUCAGUCUUGCACUGAACUUGGCUUCUUUCAGACCACACAUUCAAGGAACCACACUUUUUCUGGAUUGCCUCUCAGGUAUUUUCUUAGUCAAUGUUUAGGUGUCUUUGGCUCUGAAUUCAAUUACAAUUCACUGACUCAGAGUGUUCAGGCCAUCAACAUGUACUAUGGUGGUUUCAAUGUGAAUGGAAGCAAGAUCAUCUUUUCCAAUGGUUCCCUUGAUCCAUGGAAUGCUCUGGGAAUCACAAAGGAUAUCAGCGAAGAUUUGCCUGCUGUCUUCAUUAAAGGUGGAGAGCAUUGUGCAGAUAUGUACCAACAAAAGGAUACUGAUUCAGCUGAACUAAUUCAAGCACGAGAAAAAAUUUUCCACAUUCUACAGAAAUGGCUUAAGGAAUAG